AUGGAUGUUGAACCGGUGAUUUCUAAGCCGCCGAGCCGAGCUAAGCCCGCCGAAGAAAAAAAUGAUGAUGUUGUGCUCACUGGGUUUGGUUACACAGCACCGGGUAACCCCACUGUCUUAUCAAAGCACAGCGCCAAGGAAGAAAUUUCUGCUGAAGAUAAAGGCAAGUGGAAGGGCCAGUGGUUAACGGGGCAGGCGCUGGGUGCGGGCGCUCGUGCCCGAGGCCACCAGGGGGCGGGGAACACCCGGGCGCCCAGGAGGGCGCGCGCCGGCGGCCACGACGUGGCCGGAGCCGCGGGGGAGGGACCGGUGACCGGAGACGGCGCAGAAGGGCGAGGUGGGACUGAAAGCAGAGGUAGGCAGGGGAGGCGGAGCUGCGCGUCAGCAGCAGCGGAGGUGGGGCGGACGGUGGCAGCAGCAGCAGGUGCAGGGGAGGCGCGGCCUGGUAUGCAAGGCAAGCGGCCAAGGCACGACCUGAUCAUUGCCGGAGCGGGGCGAGCGGCGUGCAGGCGUGGCGGGAAGGUCAGGGGACACGUCGGAGUGAGCUCCGGGCACGGGUGCGGCGGGAACGAUGGCCAGCGAUGGGGGAACGCGGCGGCAAGGAAGCAGGCAGUAGCGGCAGCGGAAGGCUGCCGGCGCGCGUGGUGCAGCGACGAGCACGGGUCGGCGUGCGACAGAGGAGGAGAGGAGGAGAUCGGGGCUCACUGCGGGCGUAGGGGACAAGGCAGCGUGCUUGGGGAGGACGACGGGGACGAGGCGACGACGAAGAGGAUGGCGAGGCGGCGAUCCAGCGACGGUGUUCGGUGGUGGGGCGUGGCGUCGGGCGCGAUAUCGAACUCCUCCCCAAUCCAAUCCAGCGAGAGAGGGGGAGGGAAACGAGAGAGAGAGAGUGGGGAUCGAGGGAGGGUGUGGGGUGGGUCGUGGGGGUAG